AUGGCCACUCCAGCAGCAGUGCUGGCCGCCGUUCUGGCGGCCCAGCCCUCGGCUGCACACGCCCUAGGCUUCAAGAAGGAGCUGAAAAAGAAGAGCAUCCCUCCCGAGGACUAUGUUGAGCUAGCCGUGGAGCCCCGGCUGCGAUACUAUGACCUGGCGGAGGGCAGCGGUGCGCUGAUCCAAGAGGGCAGCCGUGUGAUGGUGCACUUUGACUGCAAGUACCGCGGGCUCAGCGUGGUGUCCACGCGGACGGCAAGAGUGCUGGGCGGCAACCGGACAGUGGCAGAGCCAUUUGAGUUCAUCGCGGGACAGCCGCUGACAGGCGAAUCGGCACGGCGCAUGGUGGAGAGCGCGGGUGGGCUGUAUGCGGGAGGCGGCGGCCCCAAGCCGCCGCUGGCGCUGUCGAUGGCGGUGGUGGGCAUGCGGGUGGGAGGCAAGCGCAGCCUCCUGGUGCCUGCCGAGCUAGGAUAUGGCAGCCAGGGCGAGCAGGAGAUCCCCCCAGAUUGCCCCAGCUUCGACCUGCGUGUGGAGCUGCUCAGCGUGGCGUGA